AUGGAUCAACGACCCCUCGGUUUAUUUGAAAGAUUUCAAGCAGGUGUUAAAUUAAUCAAUUGCUAUGGCGUUGUCUCUUUCACAGCUGUUUUGCGUCAUGCUACACCUCGCCCACAGACCACCACCACCACCCUCAACGCCAAGCAGUUUUAUCUUCCUCGUCUCCAUGCAGCGGUUCAGAAAAUAGUGGACAAGCACCCUCUUCUCAGUACGGCCCUUGUCGAUUAUGAAAAGCCCACCAUUCGUUAUACUUGCAUCCCUGACUUUGACCUUGCUUCGAUUGUGUCCUUUGAUGAGAUGGCCUUCUGGGAAUCCGAUGCACAAGCGAAUCGCAUUGCUGAACAAUGUGACAAGGAUUUUGACUUUGACAAUACCCGUUUACCGUUAUGGCGUCUUCAUAUUGACACGCACCCUGAACGACCUGAUGAAUGCAGCAUCACUGUGGCGGGUGAACAUACCAUGGCAGAUGGCAUGAGCCUGAUGAUAUUCAUGCAAGAGCUUGUGCAACUCCUUGACACCGUAAAGCCGACUAUGACCGAGGAUGGUGAUGAAGUCUACAUGAUCAAGAGCAACAAGGCACCUAUCAAUCCACCAUGUGAAGAGCGUAAUGGACCAAGGCUUACACCUGAUGAGGUCAACAAAUUGAAGGAUGAGCAGCAACAACAACAUGAUAAACCUCCCGCCAAUGCGCAUUGUUGGCAAGGAGAUCGUCGUGUGGGAAAGGAUCAAGAUUCAGCAGUGCACAGGACGACCAUGCGAACCAUCAAGGUGGAUGAUCCAUUGUGGGGCAAAGUGUGUAAAGCAGCCAAGGAACAUGGAUUGUCACCACAUGCUGCGAUCAUGGCAGCUACUCUUUUAUCGUUUGCAGACAUAUACCCUGAUGAAGAAGCCGUUGAAACGUACACACCUAUGAACGUACGUGCAUCGUUUGAUCCGCCUGUGCCCAAUGAUGAAAUGGGUAACUUUAUCGGCUCGUAUCCACGCAUUUGGUCUCUAUCACAAGAUAUCAACCAGCACACAUUUUGGGAUCUGGCUGCACUCUAUCAACGUGAGAUCAAGGCACACAAACCAGAAGCUGCCAAGGAAGUUCACAGCUUUGCAUUGUUUGGAGACUAUCCUCAAGGAUUCACCGAGAUUUGGACAAAGAACUGGGAUAGGUAUCGCUUGGGCCGUACUGGUGGUAUUGAACUUUCGGAUCUUGGACGUUGCAAUUGGGGUGAUAGCGUACAAGAGCUGUACUUUGGUCAAAGCGCACAAGCCUAUAGCAUCGGCAUGGGUAUAAGCACUGUCAGCACAACACACGGCAUGCGCGCAACACUCAGCUUCCAAAAGGAUACAUUGGAUGAAGACAAGCUAGAGGCCUUUGCACCCACCAUCCUAUCCAAGCUAGAAUCAUGCAUUUGA